CAAAACAAUGUCAUUAUCACAGGAUAUGAUCAACAAUACUGAUGAUGGAUUGUCUGCAAGCAAAGUAGAACUAGUCAAGUACCCAAUUUUGAAUCCAGCAACUCCUCCAGCUCAGUAUGUACAAAUGAACGACGCCAAAGAAGGCAUCACUAUUGCCAAACAAGAGCCAGAGACAUCAAGAGAGACCUUUCUUGUGGAGUACUACAAGAAAAUCCUAAGAUAACACUUGAGUAUCCUAGGAUUGUUCACUUUUGGGUAGAUGGAGUGGUUUGCAAACAUUGUGGUGGACUUUGGAUACUAUUACAACAGUUUCCGAUGGACUUUCUAUACGUUUGUAGUAACACUCAUCAUAAUCGCCCUGGGAUUGCCCAUUACAAGGUCGUUAAGAACAAUAGUAAGAUAUCAAUUAAUAUCUUUAGGUGAAACAUUAGAAUUCUAUAUUCCAUCUCCAGACAAUCUUGAUAGGAUUCGUGCUUAUCGGAAUAGGCAACGAAUUUACUGGUGGACAUUCAACAGCAACCAUUUGGUGGAUCAUCAUUACCUUGAUAAUCCUCAUCGCACACAGCAUAGCCCAAAUCGUGCUUGUCAAACGCAACAUCACCCACUACUACACCAUGUUUAUGAAGUUAGCCAUCAUGGGAUCAAUAACAAUCAACUUUAUAGUCGGAUUGUGUGCAUCAUCCUUAGAUAGUUCAUUCCCAGUUGCCGAAGCCAUCAUCAUAUAUUCCAUCUAUUAUUUCAAUUAGUUGAAUGAGCAGCUACUCAAAAAUCCAAGUGAACUACCAGAAGAUGUUUCAAUAGUGGAAAGAAUAUAAAUAAUUAAUAAAAUUUAAGCACUUUUCAAUUAGGAAGCCCAAUCAAAUCAAGUUAUUGAAUAAAUCAAAGGCACCCAUUGCGUAGUCAACAGAUAUAUUGCCAUAGUCAUUUCAAGCGUUGUUGCAUACAUUUUAAUCCUCAUCCUCAGCAUCGUCACUGGAAAUGCACUCUUCAUUGUGAUUGUGGUUGUGGUCUCAAUAUCACUCUUAAGCGUUGUACUCAACACUUAAGUGGCUUCAAGAGUACUAUAUCAUAAUCAUUCUUAGACUCUCCAAUAAGAGGACGUAGCCUAUGCAGUGUGUUUGACCUAUUUGGAUCUAGCCAGUCCACUCAAGAACAUUUUGAGAGGAAUCAUAUCCAAUUGAUGACUUUAUUUGUCAUUAAAACAUACAUAUACC